AUGAAGGACUCUGGGCACUGUGUCAUGGACGAAACGUUGAAAUCAAAGGAAAUUUUGACGCUGACCCUUUCCGAGACCAUAUCGCAAGAAAUGGAUAAGCUACAAGUGAUUCGUGAGUUCACUAAGUAUCAGCUUGUUACAGCUACGAAAAGAUUACUUGUCGCGGCCGAUCUGGUCCGAAUGAAAGCAGCGGCAUCUGAUAAUGGAGCUGAUCACGAUUGA